GGGGUUGUUUUCUUAGGGAUAUAUUUUUCUGCAGUUACAUUUUUAAAGUUGCUGUCUCUACUGAGGCUUAGAAAGCAAAAUUCUUGUCAUGCAGAUCCAGACUAUCGGGUGCUUUGAUGCAUCCGACUAUAACGAAUGAGCUAUCCUUGAGGACCAAACUAUACGGUCGGCAGCAGACCCAGCUCUGGCAGCUCUUGAUUUCUACUGAAGAGAGCUAAAGCAGCGACAGGCGAGAAGGACGUAAUCUGUAGCAGAGAAGCAGCAGACAGCUCUAUAAAAUGAAUGCGAUGAUGAUUCGGUGGCUGCUGCUGCUGCUACUCCUGAAACCCUUUUGUUCUCCUGCACCUCGGCUUCUGGAAAGGGAUGACUGCCUGGCAGAAAACGGCAAACUACAGCAGAAGCUAAAAACACUCCAAGAUUUAUCCCAGCUAUAUGCACUGCAGCUGAAAGACCUCCUGGGGAACAACUACCACAGGCAAAAGAGCAAGGUUUUCUCUGCCAUGAGGACCACACAGCUGGACAUGCUUUUGCCCUCGGCGAGUGGAAGUCUCUUAGUCUAUAACCAAGAUUGUGCAAUGGUAUUUAACAGCGGAAAGACGGAGAGUGGAUACUACCGAAUUAAGCCCAGAGCAGACAGAGAACCUUUCCUUGCCUUCUGUGACAUGUCAGACGGAGGAGGGUGGACUGUGAUCCAACGGCGCAGAAACGGAAAAGAGAAUUUCUACAGAAAUUGGGAUGAUUACAAAGAAGGGUUUGGACAGUUUCAGAGCAAGGGUGAUGAGUAUUGGCUGGGUAAUGAUAAAAUACAUGAUCUACUACUUGAAGGAGAAAAAUCAUUGAAAAUUGACCUGAUGGACUGGAAUGGGAAGAGACGAUAUGCAAUUUAUGAUAAUUUCCAGAUCAAGAAUGAGAGUAAUAAUUACCAGAUGGGCUUUGGCACCUUUUCUGGGACUGCUGGGGACGCUUUGUCCGGAGGGAGCAACUUUGAGAGCCAGUGGUCUGCGUCACUCAAUGGGAUGCCGUUCUCAGCUCCUGACAGGGACAAUGACAGGUUCCUAACAGGGAGCUGUGCAGAAGAGAACAGAUGUGGCUGGUGGUUUAACAGAUGCCAUGCAGCAAAUCUUAACGGGCAAUAUCACAGAAAUGGGAAAUACUCUGGCCCCUUGGACAACGGAGUGGUUUGGUCAACAUGGCGGGGGCUGUGGUAUUCCCUGAAACACACAUCCAUGAAAAUCAGGCCUACGUCCUUUGUGGAUGGAGAGAGUGGAGAUGGAGAAGCCGACUAAUACGCCCCAACUAUGCACCUGAGGAAAAGAAAAAUAUGACGGAUUUGAGGGGUUUAUAUAUACUGUCUUCAGCCUGUCAGCUUAUUCACAACAAUAACUAGGCAGAGGGCCUUCUCGGUAGUGGCACCUUCCCUGUCGAACACCUUCCCUUCAGAUGUCAAGGAAAUAAACAACUAUCUGACUUUUAGA